UCUGUGUGGUUUUACGUGGAGUUUCUACCCGGAAAGUGUACUGAUGAUCCGAUGAAGUGGAAUAGUGUUUUGUAGAUUGUGAUCUAACGAUGCAGUUGGGAUAAGUGUUUUACUGAAGCUACAAAACGCCGAGGUGGUCGGCUUCAACUAGUCUGCUUCCAGCCGCGAGCAAGCAGCAAACCUGAAAUCCCAACAUGGCGGAUUUAGAAGCCGUUUUAGCCGAUGUUAGCUAUCUUAUGGCUAUGGAGAAGAGUAAAUCUACUCCAGCCGCAAGAGCUAGCAAAAAAAUCAUCCUGCCAGAUCCUAGUAUUCGGAGCGUGAUGUGUAAAUACUUGAUGAAACAUAAUGAAGUAACAUUCGACAAAAUUUUCAACCAAAAAAUAGGAUUUUUGCUGUUCAAGGAUUUCUGCAACAAUAUUUGUGAUGAGCCAGUCCCACAGUUGAAGUUUUAUGAAGAGUCAAAAAGAUUUGAAAAGUUAGAAACCGAUGAGGAAAGAAUCAAAUUAGGAAAAGAAAUUUACGACCAGUUUAUUAUGAAGGAACUUCUGUCUCAAUCACAUACCUAUUCCAAGGUUGCUGUAGAACAUGUUCAAGAAGCUCUCACACAAGCACAGAAAACUAGACAACUAUCAGCACAUAUCUUUGAGCCAUACAUAGAAGAAAUAUGUAACUCAUUAAGAGGCCAUAUAUUUCAAAAAUUCCUAGAAACAGAGAAAUAUACAAGAUUUUGCCAGUGGAAAAAUUUAGAAUUAAAUAUUAAUUUAACCAUGAAUGACUUCAGUGUACAUAGGAUUAUUGGCAGAGGUGGUUUUGGAGAAGUUUAUGGUUGUAGAAAAGCAGAUACAGGCAAAAUGUAUGCAAUGAAAUGCCUGGAUAAGAAGAGGAUAAAGAUGAAAGGCGGCGAAACCCUAGCCCUCAACGAGAGAAUAAUGCUCUCUCUAGUCAGCACAGGGGAGGGAAGCCCAUUCAUUGUGUGUAUGACAUAUGCAUUUCAAACGCCUGAGAAGUUGUGCUUCAUCCUCGACCUGAUGAAUGGGGGCGACCUGCAUUACCACCUCUCCCAGCACGGGGUUUUCACCGAGAAGGAAGUCCGCUUCUAUGCCACCGAGGUCAUUCUGGGUCUGGAGCAUAUGCACAGCCGCUUCGUCGUUUACAGGGACCUGAAGCCAGCCAAUAUUCUUUUGGAUGAAAAUGGUCAUGUCCGGAUUUCUGAUUUGGGUUUGGCCUGUGACUUUUCUAAGAAAAAGCCCCAUGCUAGCGUUGGGACCCAUGGCUACAUGGCCCCUGAGGUGUUGCACAAAGGCCAGUCUUAUGACUCGAGUGCUGACUGGUUUUCAUUUGGUUGUAUGCUGUAUAAACUAUUGAAAGGGCACAGUCCAUUCAGACAACACAAAACAAAGGACAAACAUGAAAUAGAUCGCAUGACCAUGACCAUGAAUGUUGAGUUACCAGACUCCAUGACCCCGGAAAUGAGGGGAUUACUUGAAGGUUUGCUCAAAAGAGAUGUUGAAGACCGGCUGGGCUGCAAAGGCCGAGGGGCACAAGAGGUAAAAGAACACCCAUAUUUCAAAGGGAUUGACUGGGGCCAAGUCUACCGACAGAAGUACACGCCACCACUGAUUCCACCCAAGGGUGAAGUCAAUGCUGCUGAUGCAUUCGACAUUGGCUCCUUUGAUGAAGAGGACACCAAAGGAAUCAAGCUGGCUGAAGCUGAUCAGGAGUUGUACCAGAACUUCCCACUCGUCGUUUCUGAGCGCUGGCAACAGGAAGUUGCUGAGACGGUAUUUGAUGCCGUAAAUGCUGACACAGACAAGCUUGAACAGAAGAGAAAGCAGAAGCCCAAGAUAGAAGAACUGGACAACGUGGGAGCCACGGACUGCAUUGUGGAGGGUGAGGUGUUGAAGCUGGGAGGACCAUUCCUACAAACGUGGCAGAAAAAACACCUGAUGCUGUACCCGAACCGACUGGAGUUCUACCACAAAACCCGAGAUGGCCAAGUUACACGGGGAAAACAAGUCGAGUUGUUUUCUAUGUUUGACAUCAAAGAAGUAUAUCCCGAAUUCCAAAAAAUUAACAAGACUGAAAACUGCAUCGUUAUGGUUCUCAAGAAUGAUCAAAAGAUAACCAUUACCUCACCGGAUCGAGUGCUCAUUACCCAGUGGAAGGAUGAAAUAAUAGAUGCAUUUAAAAUGUCCACGGAAAAGAUGGCCACGAUGAACAAGAAAGCCAGCAAGCUUUACGGCUCUGAUCUCAUGAACAGCCCAUCCAAUGAAAACUUACGUUCACCACUCGAACACCGGAACAGCAAUGGGAGCUAAUUGUCAAAACUUUAAUACCGUUCUUACUAGAAGCUUAGAAAGGCCUAGCUGUGUACUCCCAAUGCAAAACAAACAAAAACAAGCAGAAAGUUGAUAGGGAUGAUAAGUUCCUCCACUCAGGUAGUGUGUUCAAUGUUGGGUCAGUUCCCAUGGUAACUAGAGCAACACUUGUGUGCAAAUUCAACUUGCUAUUUGAAAAAUAAAAGGUUGAAAUGCAGAAUUUAGACAGCACUGAGAUCUGACAAAAAAAAAAAUUAAACAAAAAUUUGGUGGAACAGAAAGAUAUACAUACAGCUACAAAACAUGGAAGAAAAAUGUGUACAGGGGAGGUAACCUCUAUCACUUUAAUGCAGCAUCACGGGAGAUGAUGCGAAAUUUUACACACAAAGACAUCUUGUCGGCUAGAAGGCUCUUAUUUGUGUUUAUUAAAUUUUGUUUCUUCAUUACUCACACUAGAUCUCCACAUUAUUUCCAAGAUGUAUUAUUGUUUUCCUCAGUGUGACAGCAUAUAUUCUUCAUAUUGUAAUUGGGGGAUGAAUGUACAAUUCGGUCAGAGACACAAAAUAUCUUGAAUUGGCACCAGAAUCUUUUCUUUUACGUCUCAAGUUUGAAUCAUCAUUACAACGGGAUGCAUUUUACAGUCUUUCAUGAUUUCAACUGUCAGAAAGAGGCUGGUCAGUGUUCAGCCAAUGUUCAAGGUUAUGUUUUCAGCCAUUGUUCAAGGUUAUGAUUUCAGCCAAUGUUCAAGGUUAUGAUUUCAGCCAAUGUUCAAGGUUAUGAUUUAUGAUUUCAGCCAGUGUUCACGGUUAUGAUUUCAGCCAAUGUUCGAGGUUAUAAUUUUGAUUCGUACAAGAAAAUACUGGUAUGAUUUCAUCGUCAUGUGCGGCCAUGAUGCCUGUUCGAUACAAAUUACAAAGACUUGUACAUGGUUGGCCCGCCUGUGGUUGAUGAUUCAUGUUGUAGCAGAACGAGGAUUUGUUUUCUUGACCCGUGUAAAAAGACUCACCACAAGAAUAAGAUAGUUUUGUGUACUAAUUGCCCUGCCCAUAGUUGAGCCACAGCUGUAUUUUAGUGUUUUAAUAUAAUUAACAAAUAUUAUUAACUUAAUUUUAGGAUUAUAACUCAUGUGGGGCUGGACCCAUUAUAUAUACAUAUAUAAAUAUAUACAUGUGUGUGUGAAUGUCAUAUUGUGCGUAUCUUAUGUCCUUUAUUUAUCUUACUGUGUAUGCUAUUAUAGUGUAUGAAUGUGUGCUAUCUUUGAAAAAAAAUUUGUGCUGUGAAAAUGUGUGCUCAUGAAAAACAGGUUAUGAUGAUUUGAAUUUCAUUAUUCAAGUAUUACUCGGACUAAGUCGCAAGUAACAAAGCAAAGGGCGUAUAAAUUAUGUUAAUGGCCUACCUGUGCAGUGCACACAAAAAACAUUAGAUGUCUUUUAUUUAUGCAUAUUUGAAAGGAUCUUGUCUUAGGGUACAUUGAAUUUCAGUUUUAAUGGUUGUACUCAACAUAAAGAAUUUAUAUUGUUUUUAUUGUACUGAAAUUGUCAAAAGAUAAUUUAAAAAAAAAAAAAAAAAUUCUUUAUCAUUCCAUAAGCCAGAGUAUGUCAACAUUUUAAAAUGUUGACAUAUUUUUGCUUAUUGUUCAGGAAUAUUUGCAGGGAGGUGGGUUCUACAUUGUCCUGGACAUAAAUAUGGUAUGUCAAAACAUCUGCCCUCAAGGAACUUCAAACAGCAUGCUUAUUAAAACAACAACAUAAAGGUUGCUUUAAACAGGUUUUCGUCCCAAAAAUCCACCCCCUGCACACAUGACUGUUGUUUUUGGUCUUAUCUGCUGUCUGUUUAUUUGGGCCUGUGUUUACAGCAAGUACUUUCUGCAUUUGGGCUCAAAUAUCAGAUUGAACGUGAACACAUUACUGUUUGGACAGGGAGAAAUGACACGGUGAAAAGAUCUGCAUUUAUAGGCACAUGGUUUGGAAUUGUUGGAAUAUGCCAAGAUUACUACAGGUGGAUUUUAUAUUUUAUAAAUACUAGUCAACAUAAAGCCUGUUAGUAAAAAAAAAAAUUCAAAACUUUAACUCAUGGCAUUAAAGAUCGAGGUGCUUGAUAAAAAAUUGUUUUGUUUAAUGAGGAAAGAAAAUACAUUUUCAAGUUAUGACAUUUGGUUAAUGUGAAUAUAUACACAUUUGGUUCACAAGUUUGCUACAGAUUGUUUUCAUGUUCAUGAGUUUGUGACAGAUUAAAAACCUGUUAAGAGUUAUUUCCUUUAUGUGUGAAUAUGUUUAAAACUUGUCUACAAUGGACACCUGCAUGCUUACUCUUAUUGUUACUCCGAUCAUAUUUUGCAGGGCCACAUUUAGGUGUUUCGGUUGAGUGAUUAUGUAUCGGUGUCAUCAAACUACAUUAUGAAAUCCAUGACAGGAUCCAACACCCAAACCUCACCCCUGAGAUCUGCUCCUGCUUUUCUUUAUCAUUUGUUCUCCAGACACCUGUUAAGCUAGGUUUUAUUUUUGUCAUUAAUAGUGAAUGAAAUUAACGUAACCAACAUUGUGUUGAAUGUGCGAAGAUUUACGAAGAUUUACAUUGUAAUUGUUCUUCUAUAUUUGGUAAAGAUUUAUGUGUAUAGAUUUACUACAUAACCAGAAUAUAAAGAAUUUAAUAAAUGAAUUAAGUUUAUAAAUCAUCCUGUCACUAUUCAGUAACUUACAACAACAAAAAAAAGGAGAGAGAAAAAAAAUAGUGUUCAUGUAUUGUCAGUAUUGCUCUGUCUCUGUAUAUUUAUAUUUGUUUUAUUUAAUUUUAUUUUGAUUAGGCUUGAAAAUAUUUGUUUUAACCAAACAGUUACCUUUUUAGAAACUUAGAUUUUAAACAGACAUAUGCUGGUAUUGUCCUUUGCACAUAUUUAGUACCAAUAUUCCAGUCCGCAGAUUUUUACCCCUGCCAAAAAUCCUGUAUCCAGGAAUAAUGAAAAUGAAAAAAAAGAAAGAAAGUAAAAUCUUUUUUUCUUUCUUUUUUUUAAACAAGAAAUAGAAUGAACCAAAAAUUAAUUUCAGUAGAACUUUACAGAAAUAUUGUUUUAAUUUUUAACAUCCCAAGCAAAUACCGAAGACUGUUCUUGGUUACAUCAAUGAGUCUUUUGUGAACUGUUUUCUUUCAAAUGCAUUCUAGUCACAUUUGCUAAGCUUUUAAAACAAAUUAUCAUUUUAUUCAAUUUGUUCCCUUUGAUUUGCUUUCAUCAUUAAUGAACAAAGGUCAGAUUAACAAAUUGGAAUAGAAUGGUUUUAUCAUUAGGUAUUAUGAAAUGUUAUUUUGAAGUGUUACGUUUUAGCAACAGGAUCAUUAAAAGGAUCCUUGCUGCUAUAAUUAGAGUAACGAUAUGCUUGUAGCAUAUAUAUAUAUAUAUAUAUAUAUAUAUAUAUAUAUAUAUAUUAUAAGAUACAGGAUUUCAGUGUUAAUAGACCAAAUGCCCCAUUAAGAUUGAAGUAAAACACAUUCAACAGGUGAAAGAGACCAGAUUUAUAAACUACAAAUAUACUCAUUACAGCUUACCUAGCCUGGAGAGGCAAAUCCCCAGGACAGUGUGCUUGAACAUUAAUUAGAUAUACAGGCAUGUCGGUUAUGUGAAGUUAAGAUUAUGGCUUAUCUUGUUUAUUUUUUGUUUAUCAAAGUUAAAUAUAAAAUAUAACUCAUGGGCUUCUGUUUAGUGGCACUGGUGUUUUUUGUUUAUUCUGUGGAUAUUAACAAGCAGAAGGUGUUGUCCUGUGCUAGUGUACUGGUGAUGCAGCUUGUGAACUGGAAUGUGGUUUUUCAUAGCACAAGGUUCUUAAUUUUUCAUUGGGCAGAGAAAAGGGCUCAUCACAAUCAGAUUAACAUGUACUAGGAAGUGUUUUGUUUUGUUAUUUACGUUUUGCAGUAUUGUUUGUGAUACAUUGUUUUCAUGUUCUGUUUGUCCAAGAUGCCAAACCUAAAGGAAAUGGUACUUUUUGUUAAUUUGUAUUGUAUAAAGUGCUUGAACUUGCAGUAUCUGUUGUGCAUGUACAAAAAGUAAAACAGAAACAAAGUAAAACAUAGUCGGUAGGCAUAUUUAUUUCCACAAUAGUCCUAUGUUGAAGAAUUUUCAGAUAAAUAAAUAAACAAACUGGUAUUAUGUUUAACAUUAUAAACCUUCAUUAUUUUUUAAGUAGCAAGAGAUUUCGCUAUAUUUCCCCAGAGAACUUGUAUCCAUAACUUUAUCAUUAAUUUGAGCUCUAUAUGAGACACCCAAUUGCUUUCUACUAUGAGACACAACCCCCCUUUUUUUUCUAUUUGUUGACCAAAUUAUUACAGUAUGCUAUUAAUUUAUGUUUAGAGGAUUAUUGAGUACAAGUGCAUUUCUCUUUGGGAUUUUUUUUAUUAGGCAGGUAUCUGGUGGAUUUCUCCUCUACUGUGCCAUUAUGAUAGAUGUUGUAACCACAGCAUUUUAAGAAAGAGGGAACAAUAGACAUUGAAGCUGAUAAAUUACAGCAGCAGCUGCUGUUAGUAAAUUGAAAUAUUUACAUUUAAUGUCGUCACUUUCUUUCCUAACACAACUUUCUUAUAGAAUAUCUCUUAAAUUCAUUUGGUUCAGGGUUACCAAGUAACGUUUAACAAGCGUGUAGGAAUCGAAGUAAAGACGAUGCAAAAACAACAAUUUCAUGCACAAUGGAUAUUGCAAGUGUGUGAAGAAUACUGUGUUGCUAUACUGUAUGGAAGCUGCCUGGAAAACAUUUAAACAAAGGAAACCAUUUUCUAACUGGGUGCAAUAUCUAACCAUGGAACUAUAAUAUGUUCUAUGUAAAUAGUGUGAUAUGUGUAGAUGUUUUGUGUGUUUCACAAAAAUUCAUCAGAAUGAAAUCUCGCACCAAUAUCUUGCAUAUAUUGAUCUUAUUUACCUGCUUGGAAACAUUUUUAAAAGAAGAAAUGCAUUUAGUGUUUGUUCAUGUCUUGUCAUUGUUUCUGUCAUUUUUAUUUCACAUUAGGGUGGAUCCACACUUGACUUCAUUGUCUGUAGCAACUAUCUUUAGCUUACAGUGUUAACCAGUUCCUUCUGUUUUUUAACUGUCUAGCUUUGAGAGUUGAACACUGUUUGUAGCAUGAGUUGAAACAAUUGCAUGUGGCUUGAGAGGUAAAACAUGUAUCUGGUUAUAGGAAGGUAGUUUUAUUUAAUGAUGCACUCAACACAUUUUAAUUACGGUUAUAUGGCAUAUGGUUAUGGACCUCACAGAUAAUGAGGAAGAAACCUGCUGCCACCAUCUAAUGGACUACCCUUUCCCAUUAGCAGCAAGAGAUCUUUUAUAUGCAGCAUCCCACAGACAGCAUACCUUUGUUACACCAAUUGUGUACUGGCUGGAAUCAGAAAUGGCCCAAUGGAAAUACCAAAGGAGAUUGAUUUUAGACUGACACACAUCAGAUAAAUGCUUUAUCUCUGGGCUAUGACUCACCUAUAGAGGUAAAAAGCUAAAUUAUUUUGAUUACAGAGCCAUGUAACAAGAUGUUUGUAGAGCUGUUCAGAUGAGAUUAGAAUAAUCCAAGAUGUAUAUUAUAAACUUAUUUUAAUUUUCUUAACAACAUUCAGAGAAACAUGAACUCAAACAGACUGGUCAGUUUGGAUCCACCACCUCAUGGUUCACAUUAGUUGACCGUCAAAUCUGUUAAAUGUGUAAUAAAAAAGCAGUCUCUUAAGUGGCAGACCCUAGUUUCAGCCAGUAAAAAUGGACACUAAAUUUAGUUAAUCUACAAACCUGUAACAUCUCUAUAAAGUUAUAUUAAAGUGAAACAAGAGUCUGUGAUGUUAAAAUCGGGAAUUUACUUGCUAGACCUUAUCUCUAUAACCGAUACUUGUCAGUGGUACGUGCGUUUUUAGAAUUGUGGAAAUUCAUUUUGUGGUAUUAGAAACACCAGGAUGACCGGAAACAAUCGGAUGUACGGAAAUAGAUCUGAACAAUAAAAUCUAAGUAAUGUCUGAUUUCAGUUAUCAAAAAACUGAUGGAAUAGUGAAAAAGAUGCACUAGUGUUUAAAAACUGAUGGAAUAGUGAAAAAGAUGUUCUAGUGUUUAAAAACUGAUCGAAUAGUGAAAAAGAUGCAUUAGUGUUUAAAAAUUGAUGGAAUAGUGAAAAAGAUGCAUUAGUGUUUAAAAACUGAUGGAAUAGUGAAAAAGAUGCAUUAGUGUUUAAAAAUUGAUGGAAUAGUGAAAAAGAUGUUCUAGUGUUUAAAAACUGAUCGAAUAGUGAAAAAGAUGUUCUAGUGUUUAAAAACUGAUCGAAUAGUGAAAAAGAUGUUCUAGUGUUUAAAAACUGAUGGAAUAGUGAAAAAGAUGCAUUAGUGUUUAAAAAUUGAUGGAAUAGUGAAAAAGAUGUUCUAGUGUUUAAAAACUGAUCGAAUAGUGAAAAAGAUGCAUUAGUGUUUAAAAAUUGAUGGAAUAGUGAAAAAGAUGUUCUAGUGUUUAAAAACUGAUCGAAUAGUGAAAAAGAUGUUCUAGUGUUUAAAAACUGAUCGAAUAGUGAAAAAGAUGCAUUAGUGUUUAAAAAUUGAUGGAAUAGUGAAAAAGAUGUUCUAGUGUUUAAAAACUGAUCGAAUAGUGAAAAAGAUGUUCUAGUGUUUAAAAACUGAUCGAAUAGUGAAAAAGAUGUUCUAGUGUUUAAAAACUAGGGUCUGUCACUGGUUCAGAUUACAUGUUUCAUUUUUAUUAUGAACAUACAGUAUGUGUACUUCAGUUUGAAUGCUGUGCUGUAGUGAAAAACGUUUGAUAUACAUUAUGAUUAUUGCUGAAAUGUAGUUAUAGUAUGGUACAGGUCUGGGCACAAAUCAUUCAUAGAUCACUUUCUGAAUGCAUGUUUUUCUAAUCCUUUGUUUAUAGCUAAUGUUCCUGGGGUUUUAAAAGUGCUAUAUUUCAGUAUGUUAAUAUGUGUAACAUUAACAUACUAUAUUCAAGUUCAAACUUCUUCUUUCUUUCUUUUUUAUAAAUAAUUGCAUAUUAAACAAAAAGGUACAAUAUGUAUGCAUGUUUAUGUGGUACAAAACACAUUAGUCUUAGUUGACAUGUUGUAUUUUUGUAACAUAUUACCACUUGUAAAGAUGAAACUGAAGUAAUUUCAGUUAUACAAAUGUGUUUACGGUAUUUUAUUUUAUUAUUAAUGUUUUUUAGUUUGCAUGUACCUGUGUGAUAUUUAAUAAAUAGUAAUAGCAUUAAUGAAAGAUAUUGUCACAUCUUUCAGAUAACUAGUCAGUUUGGUUACCAAAAAAUCUUUUCUAAAAGUAUUUGUUAAUUUAAAACCAAAACAAAUUCUGCAGACUUUUUUUGUUGUUGUUAAAAUGUUGGGUUAUGAUUACAAAUGUUAAUUUGUUUGAUACCAGAGUUCCUAAAAUAAUAUGUAUAAAAAUUAUUGUAACAAAUGAGCAUGCGCAUAUGGGUUUAUAUUUAUAAGUGUUAUUCGUUCGCGUUGAGAUUAGUUGUUUGAAGUUAGAUCUAUUAUGUUCUGAUUUGAAGUUUUUAGAAUUUUGUUAAAUGCAUCACAUGUUUGACCUGUAUCUAUCACUAUACAACAAGAAGAGUGAACAUGGAACAGGUUUAGUUAUAUUUGUCAAAAGAAGAAUUUUCUGAAAUGCCUGGUUAGUAUACCUUGCACUCCUUUCUAUAAUCCAGCUUGGAUUAAUCUGGCUCUAUCUAUAAAAACAAGAUAUUAAUUUCUGGGUUUAACACCAAAUCUUUUAUAUCGGUAAAUAAAGCACCUUAAUAUACUAUACUACUCUCUCCAUCUAAGAUCCCACUUGAAAUCAUUUGAAAUCUGAAUUGUAGAAACCGGGGAUGUCGAGGUUUUCAUGUAUGAAACCAAAUAAUUUGUUAGUUUACAACAAACCAUCUUAAAUGUAUAUUGCACUAUUCUCCCCUUUUGAAAUCCAACUUGGAAUAAUGCAUCUGUGAAAUCUAGGGAUCUUAAUUUCCGAAUAUGAAACCAAAUUGUUUUCGCUGUAUAUGCCAAUAGCUAACAGAAUUUGGCUAAAUAUCAUGGUGGUGACACUUUAGUUCUUUGAACCCAGUUGAAAUAAUCCAGCAAAAUCUGUCAAACCACAUGACUGGAUAUGGCACCAACAGUGUACAGUUGAUUCCUAUACAAGUAAUCACCAUGUCAUUCAUGGCAAAUGUCUAGUACACAAUGUACUCCAUGCUCUGACCCCAGUUAAGUAAUUUAAAAUACAGUUUUCAUUACUCAUCAAGAUAGAUGACCCAGUUAUAUUGCAAUAUUACCUACUUCACUAAGAAAUGUUUUCUUGCACAGACAUUAUUGAUGCAACUUUUGCAAUCACGUUUGAUGUGGGUACCAACCACUGGUUGAUAUUUUAGCAACACUAAAUUAAACUCAUUCUUGUCAUUGAUUUGAGGAUCAGAAGACUUAAUUUCAUUUCUUUGGGGGGUGAGGGGGUGGGUGGGUGUAUUUUUAUUUUAUUAAUUUUAGGUUGAUUGAAAAAAAAAAAAUUAAAAUAAAUAUACAGGUGUAUCUACCAAAAAGAUAGUUUUCAGAGAUUAUUAAAGAUUUUUCUAGCAGAAGAAUGUUUCUUUCAGCUGUCUCUAGCGUUUUAUUUAAGAUGGUAUUAGAUGGGAAAAAGAAGAAAGAUUAACAGCUAUAUAGUUUAUGAUAGUCUAAUCUGUUGUCAAGUGUAAGACCUCAGUGUAUAACAACCACAUAUUUAUUAAGGGUGAUAACUCCACAAAACCUGUUUUAGUUCUACAUAAUAGGACCACCUGCUCAUAAUUGCAUUUUUUGAAACAUUUGUUUUUAUUUUUUAAAUUAUUAUUAUUAUUAUUAUUAUUUUAAAGACCUGAUAAAGAUGGGUUAAACUACUUGCAUUGGUCACAUAAUGAAUUUAAUUUUCUUAUUUCUUUCCACAUACAUGUAAAAAGGAGAAUCGGUCUUUGCUGUUUUGUUUAUCGCUUGACCUGGGCCAUUGUUUGUAAAUACAAAACCCUGCUUUUCACGCUGUUAUAUAGCACUGGGUGAUGCACAUUAAGAAUUACUUAACAUUUGUGAUGGCCAAAAGCUGUUUCUAUUUGCUGAUAUGCUAUUGCAUUUGUAUCAUGGCAUAUUUCAGUAAAUGUAGAAGAAACAAUAUUUUUAUUGACUGCUUUGUUGAUAAUUGAAUUAUUUUUUUUAAAUAUUAUUUUAAUAUUUUAUUAACAGUUAUACAUUGUCAAGGUAAAUCAACUGCAGAUUGGUUGAGAAGAAAUUAAGUAUGCAAGCUUAACUAUAUUGUGUGGAUACAUAAUAUUUUGAGCAUUUUGGCAUGAUACAGAGAUGAUCUUUGACACACUUGCAUAUGCCACUUUUUGGGGUCAGGCAUCGGCAUUGUACAGUAGUUUACUACAGAUACAUCAUCUGACUAAUACUGCGAUAUUGAUGGAUAACGAACGAAUGCUGGUAUUUUUGACUAUUUAUUGGGCUUUCACACCCACUACGUUGAUGCUUUGAAAAGCGAAACCGUUAUUUAUUGAGAAUGAGCUGGGUCUCGUGUUACAAGCUGUAGACAUGUUUAUGGUAAUUUAUUUAAAAUUGUAUAUGUAUGGGACAUACUUUGACAAUGUAGCUGUAAGUAUUUGUACAUGAACGUUAGUUAUUACUGUUUGUAUAUAUUGAUUACAAAUUUCCCAUCCAAGAAUCUCAUUUGGACUUGCCCUACCCCUCCCUUUUUUUUUUUCUUUUUUUUUUUUUGAGGUAAAGUAAUAUGUAAAUUUAACAAUAAUGUGAUGCAUAGAGGAAGAACUAUUUGUGCUGCCUCAUCAAGUGAAGUUUUUUGGUCUUCAUUAAGGCAUUUUUUUUAUUCUUUUUAAAAACAACAUUUUUGUCUUCUUUUUUUUUUUUAUCAGAUUCAUGACUGUUUGGUCUCCAAGCUUUGUCUGUGUAACUUUUCACCUUUUUUCAUAUUGUGAAAAUUUGCGCAAGUUCCUCUGUCUGGUUUCAACAACCAGAAAAACGAAAUAAAAAGAAAAUUUCUGAAA